AUGCUAGUUCGCCUUUUGCAAGUCCCACUCGCUCAUAAUUCAUUGUCUCGGGCUUUAAAUCAUAGUACCCCACCCUCCAACCUACACCAACACUCCUAUAGUUCUAAUCCUCGGAUUUUAGUAUUUCCGAUCUCUCUUCAUCUCUCUCUCUUUCUCCCACCUUUUCCUCUUAAUCUCGCCCAAACUUCCUCGUUUCAUUACAAAUAUCUCUGCCAUUCCUCGCUGAUCUUUAAUACUCCCUCUUUUUCUCAAUCCUUUCUCUCAUUCUCUAUCGCUGUACAUCCUCUGGCUCCCAUUGUCUUCCUUCCUCUCUCUCUUAGCUCUUUCUCAAAAGCAUUCCCUCUCACGCAUUCUCUCUUUCUCUCUGUCAUGCAUUCUCUUUCCCACGCAUUAUCUCUCUCUCAGCAUUGUCCCUCUCGCAAUCUCCCUCAAGCAUUAUUUCUCUCUCUCUCUCACGUAUUCUCUCUCUCUCACACCUAUUCUCUCUCUCUCCCACGUAUUCUCUCUCUCUCUCACACCUAUUCUCUCUCUCUCUCUCACGUAUUCUCUCUCUCUCACACCUAUUCUCUCUCUCUCUCACGUAUUCUCUCUCUCUCACACCUAUCCUCUCUCUCUCUCACGUAUUCUCUCUCUCUCUCACACCUAUUCUCCCUCUCUCUCAGGUAUCUCUCUCUCUCACACCUAUUCUCUCUCUCUCACGUAUUCUCUCUCUCUCAUGUAUUCUCUCUCUCAUUUCUCGGUUCCGACUUCCAAAUUUCUUUUCUCUCCUCCCUGCAUAUACAAAUCUAUCUAUCUAUCUAUCUAUCUAUCUAUCUAUCUAUCUAUCUAUCUAUCUAUCUAUCUAUCUAUCUAUCGUCUGUCCAUGGGUAUGUAUGUAAUUAUUUAUACCUACCCUCAAUAUGUCCCGUUCUCAACACUCCGAGCUGUCCAUUUAUAUCUAUCAAUGAAAACACUACAGUUCCCCGUCUCGGAUCGCUGUGCUAA